AUGUCGUUCGGGGAUGAUAGUCAGCCAAAUCUCAGGAUCACAAUCAUCGCCGCCGAUGGUCUAUAUAAGCGCGAUGUCUUCCGUUUCCCCGAUCCUUUCGCGGUGGCAACGGUUGGUGGUGAACAGACAAAAACGACGUCGGUCAUCAAGAAGACCUUGAACCCAUACUGGAAUGAGAUGUUCGAUCUGCGAGUCAACGAAGAUAGCAUUCUGGCCAUCCAAAUUUUCGACCAGAAGAAAUUCAAGAAGAAGGAUCAGGGCUUUCUCGGUGUGAUCAACGUGCGCGUCGGAGAUGUCAUCGACCUCCAGAUGGGUGGCGAUGAAAUGCUCACCAGGGACCUGAAGAAAUCCAACGAUAAUCUGGUCGUUCAUGGAAAACUCAUCGUCAACCUGUCCACCAACCUCACGGCCCCCGCCACCAACCAAGCGAACGGGAUGCCUCGUUCCCACAACGCGCCGCCCCCCGCCGGCGGCUUGGUCCCGCAAGUGAACGCCCCGCACGCGCCCGGUCAUGCGGACCCCCCGCCCCCGAUCACGAAUCCGUCCGCGAACCCCCAGCGCGUACCCUCGUCCACCCGACCGCCCACUACGAUCGUCCCCGUCAACGGGGCCGCGACGGCCGCCAACAACCAACACGGCUCCCGGACCAACCUCAGCUCGUUCGAGGACAGUCAAGGCCGUCUGCCGGCCGGAUGGGAGCGACGGGAGGACAACCUGGGCCGGACCUAUUACGUCGACCACAACACGCGGACCACCACGUGGACCCGCCCGCCGUCGAACUACAACGAACACACGCAGCGAACGCAGCGCGAGGCCAACAUGCAGCUGGAGCGGAGGGCGCACCAGAGUCGGAUGCUGCCCGAGGACCGCACGGGCGCCAGUUCCCCGAAUCCGCAGGAUCAGCCCCCGCAGGCCUCGACCCCGCCGGCGGGUGGCAGCGCCAACGCGGUGUCCAUGAUGGCCACGGGAGCGACCACGGCAGGCACUGGGGAGCUCCCGCCCGGGUGGGAGCAGCGGACCACCCCUGAAGGCCGGCCGUAUUUCGUCGAUCACAACACCCGCACCACCACCUGGGUCGAUCCGCGCCGACAGCAGUACAUCCGCAUGUACGGCCAGAAUGCCGGCACCACCAACAACACGACGAUCCAGCAGCAGCCCGUCUCGCAGCUGGGCCCGCUGCCCAGCGGCUGGGAGAUGCGCCUGACCAACACGGCCCGCGUGUACUUUGUCGACCACAACACCAAGACCACCACUUGGGAUGACCCGCGCCUGCCGUCGUCGCUGGACCAGGGCGUGCCGCAGUACAAGCGGGACUUCCGACGGAAGUUGAUCUACUUCCGCUCCCAGCCGGCCCUGCGCAUCAUGUCCGGACAGUGUCACGUCAAGGUGCGCCGAAACAACAUCUUCGAGGACUCCUACGCCGAGAUCAUGCGACAAAGUGCGUCCGACCUGAAGAAGCGACUGAUGAUCAAGUUUGACGGGGAGGACGGUCUCGACUAUGGUGGUCUAUCUCGUGAAUUCUUCUUCCUUCUCUCUCAUGAAAUGUUCAACCCCUUCUACUGUCUGUUCGAGUACUCGGCCCACGAUAAUUAUACCCUGCAAAUCAACCCGCACUCGGGUGUCAACCCGGAGCAUCUGAACUACUUCAAGUUCAUCGGACGCGUGGUCGGGUUGGCCAUCUUCCACCGCCGUUUCCUGGAUUCCUUCUUUAUCGGGGCGUUCUACAAGAUGAUGCUGCGGAAGAAGGUGUCGCUGCAGGACAUGGAGGGUGUGGACGAGGAUUUGCACCGCAAUCUGGCGUGGACUUUGGAAAAUGACAUCGAGGGCAUCAUUGAGAUGAACUUUGCGGUGGAUGACGAGAAGUUUGGCGAGCGUCGCACGAUCGAUCUGAAGCCGGGUGGACGGGACGAGCCUGUCACCAACGAGAACAAGGGCGAAUAUGUCGAGCUGGUGACUGAGUGGAAGAUCGUCAAGCGGGUGGAGGAGCAAUUCAACGCGUUCAUGUCGGGCUUCAACGAGCUGAUCCCCGCGGAUCUGGUCAACGUGUUCGACGAGCGGGAACUGGAGUUGCUGAUCGGAGGUAUCGCGGACAUCGACGUGGACGACUGGAAGAAGCACACCGACUACCGCGGGUACCAGGAGCAGGACGAGGUGAUCCAGAACUUCUGGAAGAUCGUGCGCACCUGGGAUGCGGAGCAGAAGUCUCGACUGCUGCAGUUCACGACGGGUACCUCGCGAAUUCCGGUCAACGGGUUCAAGGAUCUGCAAGGAUCAGACGGGCCUCGACGAUUCACGAUCGAGAAGUCGGGGGAUCCAUCAGCGCUCCCCAAGUCGCACACCUGUUUCAACCGGCUGGAUCUGCCUCCUUACAAGACGCACGACGCAUUGGAGCACAAGAUGUCGAUCGCAGUGGAGGAGACGUUGGGUUUCGGACAGGAGUAG